AGAAAGAACUCGGCGGGAAAACCCCCUUUUCCCCAAAUUUCCCCAUUUUAUUUUUUAAAAAAACAAGAAAUCCCUUAAUCCCCAAUUUCCACCACCAUAAGCGGUGAUGAUAAAAGUUCUGAACGUGGCGGAGAAGCCUUCUGUGGCGAAAUCGGUGGCGACGAUACUCUCACGAAAUCAGCUUCGAGUGAGAGACGGACGGUCCCGGUACAACAAGAUAUUCGAGUUCAACUACUCCAUUAAUGGCCAACAAUGCCACAUGCUUGUCACUUCCGUCACUGGUCAUCUCAUGGAAGUCGAAUUCGAAGAUAGAUUCCGUAAAUGGCAUUCUUGUGACCCCGCCGAUCUCUACACCGCUCCCGUCCGCAAAUACGUCCCUGAGGAUAAGUUGGACAUCAAAAGGACAUUGGAGGAGGAAGCGAGGAGGUGUCACUGGCUUGUUUUGUGGUUAGAUUGUGAUAGAGAAGGAGAGAACAUUGCAUUUGAAGUGAUGGAAGUUUGUAAAGGUGUAAAUAGAAAUCUUACAAUAAGGAGGGCUCGGUUUUCGGCUCUAAUUGAGAGGGAUAUUCAUGAAGCAGCCCAAAAUCUUAUUGCUCCUAAUCAGUGGUUUUCAGAUGCAGUGGACGCUAGGCAAGAAAUUGAUCUCCGAAUAGGUGCUUCUUUCACUAGGUUUCAAACGAUGUUGUUGAGGGAUAGGUUUGUUAUUGAUUCUGCUCAAGAUGAUAGAAAUCUUGUUCUAAGUUAUGGGCCUUGUCAGUUCCCUACCCUUGGAUUUGUUGUGGAACGUUACUGGGAGAUACAAUCACAUGAGCCAGAAGAGUUUUGGACUAUCAAUUGUACUCAUAGAUCAGAUGAAGGCCUUGCUUCUUUCAAUUGGAUGCGUGGACAUCUUUUUGAUUAUACCUCAUCUGUUAUACUUUAUGAAAUGUGUGUUGAGGAACCAACUGCAACAGUCACGAAGGUCCAGCAGCAGGAGAAGUUGAAGUAUCCCCCAUAUCCUUUGAGUACGAUUGAGCUUGAAAAACGUGCUUCACGGUACUUCCGGAUGAGUUCUGAACAAACCAUGAAGGUGGCAGAAGACUUGUACCAAGCUGGUUUCAUUAGUUAUCCUCGUACGGAGACUGACAGCUUUUCUUCCAGGACUGAUUUGCAUACAAUUGUACAAGAACAUCAAGAGCAUCCUGUAUGGGGAUCGUAUGCACAAAGAUUGUUAGAUCCUGGAGCAGGACUUUGGAGGAACCCUAGUAAUGGUGGACAUGAUGACAAGGCCCACCCACCCAUCCACCCAACAAAAUUUUCAGCUGGAGAAUCCCGGUGGAGUCAAGAUCACCAUGUAGUCCAUCUCUUGAUACUUAGAUUGUAUGAGCUGGUUGUUCGACAUUUUCUGGCAUGUGUCUCACAGCCAGCUGUUGGGGCAGAAACUGUUGUUGAAAUUGAUAUUGCUGGUGAACGCUUUUCUGCAUCAGGGAGAGUGAUAUUAGCUAAAAAUUACUUGGAUGUUUAUCGCUUUGAAUCAUGGGGUGAUUCAAUGAUUCCAACCUAUGUCCAGGGACAACAGUUCAUUCCGGCAACAUUGACUUUGGACUCUGGAGUCACUAGACCGCCGCCUCUCUUAAGCGAAGCGGAUUUGUUAAGUUGUAUGGACAAGGCCGGGAUUGGUACAGAUGCAACAAUGCAUGAUCACAUUAAAAAGCUGCUUGAUCGAUUCUACGUCACAAAGGAUGCAAACACUCGCUUCUCACCUACUAAUCUUGGCGAGGCACUUGUUAUGGGAUAUGAUGACAUGGGGUAUGAACUUUGGAAACCCAAUCUGAGAUCACUGAUGGAGUGCGAUAUGAAAGAAGUCAGCGUGGGCAAUAAAAGUAAAGCUGAAGUUUUGGCAACUUGCUUGCAGCAGAUGAAAGCUUGUUUCUUAGAUGCAAAGGUAAACAAAGUAAAACUCUUGGAAGCCAUGGCAAUUUUCUUUAACAGAUCUGAUAGAUCGAAUGGAGAUGACAGUAGCGCGUUGGGGGAAAAUGUUCGGCCAUGUGGACUUUGCCAGGAAGCAAAUAUGGUGCUUAAGAAAAACCGGGAUGGCAAUUUCAUGGUUGGAUGCUCGGGUUUUCCACAGUGCAGGAAUGCUGUAUGGCUCCCUGGACCUGUUUUAGAAGCCACCAUAACCAACAAUAUUUGCAACUCUUGCACUCCAGGUCCUGUUUACUUGAUCCAAUUUAAGUUCCGCCAGCUUGAAAUACCACCAGGCUUCAAUGUCAACCAUUUAGGUUGCAUUGGUGGUUGUGAUGAAACUCUUAGACAGUUGAUAGAAAUCUGUGGAACCGGUUCCCGUGUUCAAGCAAGAGGUCGACCACCAACUACAACAUCCAGCAACGGACCACCCACUACAACACCCAGCAACCCCCAACGAAGUAACUCUAGGCAGGCACCCUGCAUAUAUUGUUAUCAAACAGGGCAUGCUUCAACUGAUUGCCCUUCACGGAUUUCAGCCACUCGACAUGUGCAGUCUCAUGGAAUGAACCAACAGAAUGGAGAAUCUUCAAUUCCAUGUAGCACAUGUGGAACGCCAUGUGUUCUGCGAACAGCUAACACAGCAAAUAACAGGGGAAGAAAGUUCUAUUCAUGUUCAUCACAAGCAUGCAACUUCUUUGUAUGGGAGGAUAACCUCAACAACGGCUCUGCCCCAAGAAGUGCUCCUCGUCCAAAUAUGAGUAACUCGGCAUCUAACCCUAGCAGGAGGGGCGGUCGUGGGAGGGGUGUUCAGAAUGCAGGACGUGCAGCUGAUGUAACUUUUGUAUCAGCUACAGGUGAGCCGAUAUCUGGAAGAAGAUGCUUCGUGUGUGGUGAUCCAUCACACUUCGCAAAUGCUUGCCCCAGUCGUGGUUCCUGAUGCCUUGCCCUCUCAAAGAAGAGUUGAGACAUGCUCAAGUACGUCGAGGACAGGUUUGGUACCUGCUACCAUUUCGGCUCUUGAGUGCCGUAAUUUUGUAAAAUUAUGCUCUAGAUAUGAUCGCAUAGAGUGUACACACUACACACUGUAUUUAUUGACUUCGUUCUUCACCAUUGUGGGCUGAAAUCACAAGAGCAAGUUUAUGGCUUGUCCUCGAUCGGGCCACCCUACGCUUA